AUGCCCGCAAUCAACGAGACCGAGUAUGGCAGCCUCAGCCAAAGUCCCUACGGGAUCCUGCGAAUUCUGGGUGGCUGGGGCAACGUGAGUGGGCCGGGCCUCGUCAUGUUCCGCAGCAUGAUCGCCGGCACGUCCACGGCCAUGAUCCUCGGCAUCACGGCCAGUAUGGCUAGUAGCCUCAUCUGGGGCACCGCGACGCUGCCCUUUGUCGUCUUCUCGUCGCUGGGCUUCGCCCUCGGCAGCGCGCGCUGGUACAUGGUCUCGAGCCAGGAGGCCCUGCUGCAGCUGCGCCGCUACCCGGCCCUCCUGCGCAUGCACAUCGUCGCCAACUUCCCCUGGCUGCCCGAAUACGCCGCCCGCGACCUUGCUUGGUUUACCCCGGAGCGCUUCGCCGGUGGUUGGGUCCGGAGGAGCGUCCUGGUCGCUGGCUGGCUGUCGGCACAGCCCGCCCUCGAUGAGCUGCACAGCCAGGUGCAGGCUGCCAUUGUACAGAAAUAUGUCGACGAGGCGCCAGGCGAUUCUGAGGCGCAGGCGGUGCACGGGACUAUCAAGACCUAG